AUGACUUGCAAUUCGUGCAUCAGGGUCUUUGACACUAAUUCUCCUCAACAGAUGCCAGGAGCGCGUUGCCCGACCUGCGCCAAGCAGGGCAAAGAAGUCUGGGUCAUCCCUGGCAAGAACUGCCACAUCUGCGGAACUCCCGUUGGCUGA